AACGCUCCUUCGCUCUUCGAGUCCCACGAAAAACUAGACUAGAAUAGUGUACUGGAUUUUGUUUGUUUGCAUUUCGUAUGGCUUACCAACAGACCAUUGGAAGAGGGAUACAAGCUCUUAUUUGCUGAAUGUUAUAUACAGCAGCCAAUAGAACUGACGGGGAGGAGAGAGAAUGCGUGAUGGCGGUAGGCUAAUCAGUUAUUUAUUUUGUACCAGUCACCCAUACCCAUUCAAUCUUCGUGAAGAGAAGUGAAAGCCGUCUGCGUCUUAUUCUAGUCCUAAAUGAUUCAAGCAUGCCAUUACUAUGAAGAAGAUGAGGACAACGAAACUUCACUGUUGAAAAUGAGGAGGGGAAUGAAGCAACAUUCGAGACAGAAAGACGAAGUAGACUAAUGCUCACGUUACAAAUUACCAGGGGACAUAUUGUGAAAGGUGCCUCAGGAUGAGUGGAGUGGAUACCCAGAGGAUGGGGACCAGGACGAGGAGAUCCCGUGUCGGCGGAUGCGCAGCAGCAGCUACGUCAAAGCCAUGGGAGAAGAAGACAACGACUCUGGUGGCGAAUCUGAUGGCAGCCCCAAGACCUCACCCCAGAAGGCCAUCCGACCCGACGCCCUCGUCCUCAAAUCAGCUAUGCAGAGACCCCACAUAGAACCCCAAAGUCAGAGCUACCACUUGCAAACCACCCGAGACAUGAUGCGGCCCCAUCCCAGUGUCACCCUGGACCCAGCCACCAACUACCCCCAACACCAUAUACCCCUCGGCCCUCAGUUCCGAUCCCGGAACCAGAGCUACAUGCGCGCGGUUAGCACCCUCAGUCAGGCAAGCUGCGUCAGCCAGGUGAGUGAGACUGAGGUCAAUGGCCAGUUUGAGUCAGUUUGCGAGUCCGUUUUUAGCGAAGUAGAAUCCCAGGCCAUGGAGGCCUUGGACCUGCCUGGCUCGUUCCGCACUCGAAGCCACAGUUACCUGCGUGCAAUUCAGGCUGGGUAUUCCCAAGACGACGACUGCUUGCCUUCAAUGACAUCCUCCACUGUCACUUCAACUCUCAGAUCCACAACAGGUAUCCAGUUUCGCCUCCCUUCUUCCUGCAGUGUGGACCGAGCCAAUCCACCUCCAGCGGUGACGCACACGCCUAGCUAUAAGGCAAAGACGCCCCCGCCGGUGCCACCUCGCGCCACCUCCAAGCCCCUCAUCUCGGUGACGGCCCAGAGCAGCACAGAUUCCACCCAGGAUGCCUACCACGAGGGAAGGCACCCGCGGGGGAGUAUCCUGUGGGCGCCGGACGGUCUGGGCGGCUCGGGUCGAAACCUCUACAACUCCACCGACAGCCUGGACAGUGCCAAGGCGGUGACGUUGGCCAUGGAGACGGCGGCGGGCAAGCGGCACGCCUCCACGGGCAGCCACAGCUCCGUGCAGACGUGUGACAAGGCGGUGCUCGUGUCCAAGGCUGAGGAAUACCUCAAAACACCACGCUCUUCCAUAGGGAUUCAGGUGGAGACGGCGACAGACUCCGAGUCGGAGAGCAAAGGGCUUCCUCAGUACCAUUCUGUGGGCACCCAGGUGGAGGAUGACAAAGGGUACGCAUGCAGGAAAUGGAAACAGAAAAUACAACCGUUGCAGUUUGCCCUCUGA